AUGACUGCUGUCAGAACCAAGGUUUCUCUUCCUGAAUUGAAGUACAAGUUUACCGAUUUGGAGCCAUUCAUCUCUGCUGACUUAAACACCUUGCACUACACCAAGCAUCACCAAACUUACGUCAACGGUAUCAACCAAGCAUUGGAACAGCACGCCACCGCACAAGCUGCAGGUGACCUCAUCAAAUGUGUUGAGUUGCAACAGAACAUCAAGUUCCAUGGUGGUGGUUACGAAAACCAUUGCUUGUACUGGGACAGUUUAGCUCCUCAAGCCGUUGGCGGUGGUAAGUUGCCAGAGGAGUCCUCCGGGUUGUACAAGGCCGUCAUCUCUCAGUACGGCUCAUUCGACAACUUGAUCAAAUUGGCAAACAAGGCUUUGGCUGGUAUCCAAGGUUCGGGCUGGGUUUUCAUCUGCAAGAACCUCAACAACGGCGCUCUUGAAAUCAUCUCAGUUUACAACCACGAAAGACCAAGUGCUCACUUGAGACCUUUGCUUGCUCUUGAUGCCUGGGAACACGCUUACUAUUUGCAAUACAAGAAUGUCAAGGUCGAAUUCUUCUCUGCUAUCUGGAACAUAAUCAACUGGGCCGAAGCUGCCAAGAAGUUCGAUGCUUGA